CCUUUGCUGAAAAUUCUUAUGGGAAAGACGAAAAGGAUCUUCAUCAGAACUCAAUUCAUUCAUUGAUUCAUCUACUAAAAUUUAUGGCUAAUUCUCUGUUGGAUUUACCUUCGUCCCUCAAUUCUUCUCAUUUGGACGCUACCCAUUUUCAACACACUCCUUUUUACUGUGAAGAAAAUGUCUACUUGCUUUGCAAGAAAUUAUGUAGUAGUGGCAUAGCUGCUUCUGAAGGAUCUGACCUGUUUGUUACCUUCAUCACCAAUGAGAACAAGCAGGUUCCACUCUGGAAUCAAAAGGCUAGUCGUAGAGCUGAUGGAAUGGUUUUGUGGGAUUAUCAUGUUAUCUGCAUCCAGACAAGGAAAGAAGGCCAGCCUUCUCAUUUGGUGUGGGAUUUAGAUUCAACUCUACCAUUUCCUACACCAUUGCCUACUUAUAUAAAGGAAACUUUUCAGCCUUCUUUUGCGCUCUUCUCUGAGUUUCAGAGACUCUUCCGCAUUAUCCAUGCGCCCACAUUCAUUCGUUCCUUUGCCUCAGAUAGAAGACACAUGAAAGAUCCUUCAGGAAACUGGAAUUCUGAACCACCUGCUUAUGAAUCCAUUGUGGCUGAAGAUGGAUGUGUGCACAAUCUGAAUGAAUACCUUGACAUAUCUACCACGGAAGUAGUGGAGAAUGUGGGAGCUGCUAAUUCAUUGAAUGCUGAAUAUACCGAGAAAUUGGGUGUUUUGGUUGAAGAGAAUCGAUUAGAGGAAAUUAUCUCUUCGCUCUCGCACUGUCAUUGUUGAAGUUUGUCGCAUUCCUAUACUUAGAAAAAGGUCUGGAAAUGAAAUUUGUGAUUCUUUUUUGUUUAUUUAUUUAA